AUGACCUCGGUCACCGGUCCCACCGAAUCAGCCAGUCCGGAUGAGCGCCAGCUGCAGACUGGCGAGGAGGCAAAUCCCUCUUGGGACUGCAAUCAAACUAACCAGAAAUGCAGAAGCGCAUCCCCGGUCCGUCACAACGAGGGCGGUGGAGACCGCGUCGUGCCGGGUGGCGUACAGCUGAUUCCUCUUGCAAAUGGAUGCUAG